GUGGCUCAGCCUAAUAAGCUGACGUAUCUUUUCCAACUGACAUACAGACAAGCACAACUCGAGCAAUUGUGUAAGUUGUUUCAAUAUUUCCCCAUUAGCAUAGUUGAAUGCAGAAGACACUACUUGCAUUAAAUAUAAAAGUGGACGAUGGAUGUGCUAACGGAAUAUGGCUUCGCUUCUUUUUCGACACUUGGGUUAUCUGACUUUCUCCCUGUCUCUCCACAUUAAACUUCUGUGUGUACUAUGUGCGCAGCCUCACUAUGCUGCCCAAGAACGCCUGUUGAAUGAAGUCGUCACUGAGAUACUUUCCAGUCAGGGACCAUCAUCAUCUCUAUUACAACGACGGUCAUUAUCACCGACGAUGGCUACACCAUUAUCACUGUGCACAUCACCACUGCUAUCGCUACCAUGUUCGAAUUCAGCAUUACUAAUUCCACAACAACACCAGCACAAGUUCUUCACCAUCAUGCCAGUAAAAUAACCGUGCAAUAACCGCAUCGCAGAAUAUGAUUGAUUCAUACAGUGUAUAGCCGGGUGGCCAGGAGCUUCUUCUUUUAGCAGCAUGUGUAUAUCUUCUGGCUAUAGUAAUAUGCAUCUGUAGGCACGGGACCUACUACUAGCUGC